GUAACGUUAAUGGUAGCUGAUAGUGCUAACUAUUAUGGUGAAUCAAUAGCUCAGUUAAAGUAUACACUGUUUAUCUGUACCAAUCAGUGAACUAGUUAGCUUAAGUCAACUAACGUUACAUGUAAAGUGAAAUUAUACAUUUGUAAUCAUUGCAUGCUAUUUGAGGGUACGUUCUAGAGAGAGGAGCACUGGGGACAUGACGGUGUAUUUUGACCACCGAAUUGAGGCCCCUGAAAGCAGUGGUGUGCCCUCUCAGUUGACCUGGCACUCGGCUCUUCCUAUACUGGCUGUGGCCUCAAGCAGCCCCACCACUGGAAGCAAUGUAGACCUCUACUUGCAGCAGGGAGAAUAUGUGGAGAGCUGUCAUUUUGAACGUCCUCACCAUCCCACAGUGCUGCGCUGGCAUCCCACAAAGCCAGUGUUGGCUCUAGGCUGGGAGAAUGGAGAGGUAGUGCUGCUAACACACCCCUCUGGAGAUCAAACAGUCCUUCCCAGCACACAUACAGCCUGCAUCACACUGCUGGAGUGGAGUAGCUCUGGCAGCCGCUUGGUAACUGGUGAUCAGACUGGAGCGCUAGCAGUAUGGAAGGUAGAUGCUAGAGGGAGACUUCAAGGAAACCAUCUUGUGAAGCAUGAAUACAACAAACCUCUAACUUGCUGCAUCUUCAGACCGGCCUCACCUGGGGACGAUGUGGCAAUGCUAGCCCGGGCAUCAGUGAGUGGAGAUGAGAGUGCUCUAGACAUGUUCAGCUGGAAGGGUGCACCUCUCAGGAUGGGCCCACAGGAGGGACUCGCAUUCUACGUCAGCACUGCAGAUGGUAAGGUCCACAGUGUGGAUGAGCAUUGUAAGACAAGCAUACUUCUCAAUGUGGAGGGCGCAAUCAAGAAACUGUUCUACCUUGAGAAAAGAGAGGCACUUGCUGUGAUCACAGAAACCCUGAUGUUGUCACAGUACACUCUUGGACCUGAGGGAGGAGCCCAGGAAUUUAUGAAGGUUAAGUUGAGUAGCAAGACCGGGCAGAAUGUAGAUAUUUUCUGGACAGAGAACGGCCUCCUCAUCACAGCAACAGGGGAACAGGUUAUCAGGCUGUGGGACCUGGAGCGAGAUGACAACUAUGUUUUGGCUCUUGACGAGACUCUGGGGUUUGAGAGAGGAGAGAUGAUCAACUGUGUUUCAUACUGUGCAGGAAAAGAAAUCUUGGCAGCUGGUACCAGCCAUGGACGCAUAGCAAUGUGGAGGAUGGUGGUGCAGCCAGGCAGCAGAGGUGAUACCAAGGCCCAGUGGAAGCUACAAACACCCACAGAAAUAGAAGGAAAUGUCAUUCAGCUACAGUGGGGCUCUAGCCUGAAUCUGCUGGCGGCCAACAAUUUGAACACAGUGCUGAUCCUGUGUGAGCAUGUGAUGUCAGUCCACUUCAGCCAGCAGGUGGCAGCGGUGCAGCUCACCCCAACCCAGCUCAGCAUCACUCAGUUCACCACAGGAGCGCACCUUGCUCUGCAGUCUGACAUACACAUCAAGGGAGUGUGUGUUACCAAGGAUUCAGUGACUGUCUGGAGUGGCAAGCAGGUCACUGUGUAUGAGCUUUCAGGGACAGUUCUUCGCAAUACAGGAUCGUUUCCUUGUGACUCCCAUGUAGUAGCUGUAAAUGGCGAGAACCUCUACACUGUGGAACCUAACAGGGUCCAGAUUCGCACACCGCAGGGCACCGUGAAGCAACUGCUGACCUUCUCCAAGGCAGAGGGCAACCCUGUACUACUCAGUGUGUGUCAGUCUUACCUGGUGGUAGGCACAGACACAGCACACAUUAGAGUCUUUGACCUCUCCCGAAGAGAUGCCAAAGCUCACUGCAGUGCUAAGAACCUGGCUGACCAGAUUGCCAAUCUGGGAGCCCUGAGGUCAGUCAAAUGCAACACCAAUGCCAGCCAAGUCAGCAUCCUAAUCUCUCAGGUUAAUGGCCGACCUGAUCACAAAGUGUACUUUUAUGAUGUUGACAUGGACACUGUGACGCACUUUGACUUCUUCAUUGGCAGACCGUCAAGUGGUAUCUCACAGUCAGAAGAAAGUGAAAGGCAGCAGUUCCAGGAGACAGAGCUCAGCGGUCGCUGCCCUGUAUCUCACUUCUGGGAUGAGAGUGAACCUCGUCUUUUUGUUUGUGAGACAGUGCCGAUCAGCUCUGAAUCCUCAUCAACUAGUUUCUUCGAUACGGUGGACGUGUCGGUAGUGACACUUUUCUGUACGCAGGAGCAUGGGCUCCUCCUACAGGACUGCUACCCUAAACCUUCAGGCCUGCAGGCGCUCCUCGCUCUGGAUGUGCCCUACUAUUAUUUCAGCUGCAAGCCCGGUGAGAGAGAUCCGGUGUUAGCAGAGAUUUCAGCCACAAUGUCAGCACCUCCACACCAGACACAGCCAUCAAAGGGGUCAGCUGCCCAGUUCCCCCAUAUGGUGACCAGACGAGCUCUCAGAGACUUUGUGGGCCUGGAGAACUGUGAGAAGGCCACCCGUGACGCCAUGCUCAACUUCAGCUUCUACCUGACCAUCGGCGAUAUGGACGAAGCCUUCAAGUCUAUCAAGCUCAUCAAGAGUAAAGCGGUAUGGGAAAACAUGGCAGGGAUGUGUGUGAAAACCCGCCGGCUGGAUGUGGCACGCGUGUGCCUUGGGAAUAUGGGAAAUGCCAGGGCAGCAAAAGCACUGAAGGAGGCGGAGGCUGAGCCUGAGCCAGAAGCCCAAGUGGCAAUGCUGGCCAUUCAGCUCGGCAUGCUGGAAGAUGCAGAAAAGUUGUACAAGUGCUGUCAACGCUAUGACCUGCUGAACAAUUUCUACCAGGCUUCUGGCCAAUGGCAGCAAGCUUUGGAAACAGCAGAGAACCACGAUCGCAUCCAUCUGCGCACCACUUACUACAAUUAUGCCAAAUACCUGGAGUCAAUGGGCGACAGGACCCUGGCCCUCGCAUAUUAUGAGAAUUCAGACACACACAGGGUUGAAGUGCCCAGAAUGCUCCAGGAUGACACAUCAUCUCUAGAGAUCUACGUUAACAAAAUGAAAGACAAGAACAUCUAUAAGUGGUGGGCCCAGUACCUGGAGAGCCAGUCAGACAUGGAUUCAGCGCUGCGUUUCUAUGAAUGUGCCCAGGAUUACCUCUCCCUGGUUCGAGUCCACUGCUACAUGGGGAACAUUCAAAAGGCAUCUGAGAUAGCCAAUGACACAGGUGACAGGGCAGCGUCAUACCACCUGGCCAGACACUAUGAGGGCCAUGAUGAUAUCAAACAGGCCGUCCACUUCUACACGCGAGCCCAGGCCUACAACAAUGCCAUACGACUUUGUAAGGAGAAUGGUCUGGAUGACCAGCUGAUGAACCUGGCUCUGCUCAGUAACCCAGAGGACAUGAUGGAGGCCGCCUGUUACUACGAGGAGAAAGGCACCCAUAUGGACCGAGCUGUCGCACUCUACCACAAGGCUGGUUACGUCUCCAAAGCUCUGGAGUUGGCCUUCGCCACUCAACAGUUCUCCGCGCUUCAAUUGAUCGCUGAGGAUCUGAACGAGAGCUCUGACCCAGCCGUCCUGGCACGCUGCUCUGACUUCUUUAUCACACAUUCCCAGUAUGAUAAGGCUGUGGAGUUACUGGUAGCAGCCAAGAAGUACCAUCAAGCCCUGGAGUUGUGUGUGACCCAGAACUUGACCAUCACAGAGGAGCUGGCAGAGAGAAUGACUGUAACUGAUUCAAAAGACUUGUCUGAACAGUCCAGAAAGGAGCUGCUGGAGAGGAUAGCUGACUGCUGCAUGCGUCAGGGCAAUUACCACCUGGCCACCAAGAAAUACACACAAGCAGGCAACAAGCUCAAGGCCAUGAGGGCACUCCUCAAGUCGGGCGACACGGAGAAAAUAGUAUUCUUUGCAAAUGUUUCUCGUCAGAAGGAGCUUUUCAUCAUGGCUGCCAAUUACCUCCAGUCUCUGGACUGGCGGAAAAAUCCAGAGAUCUUGAAGACGAUCAUUGGUUUCUACACUAAAGGCAGGGCACCGGACCUGCUUGCUGGCUUCUAUGAAGCCUGUGCUCAGGUGGAGAUUGAUGAUUACCAGAACUAUGAAAAGGCUCUCGAUGCUUUGACUGAGGCUUUCAAGUGCCUCUCAAAAGCAAAGGACUCUUCAACUAGGCAACAGGAAGUAAGACUGGCUGACAUGCAGCGUAAAAUCACCCUAAUCAAGAAGUUUGUCCAUGCACGCAGGUUGUAUGUGGAGGAUGCUGGUGAGGCGGUGCGGUUAUGUGAAGCCUUGCUGGAGGAGCCAGAGUUGGACCCUGCUGUCAGGAUUGGAGAUGCAUUUGGUUUCCUGGUGGAGCACCACUGUCAGCAAGGCAACUUCCAAGUGGCCUACCAUAAGCUGGAGGAGCUCCAGAAGCUUUUGCCAUCGCAGAAUGUUAGGUACUAUGUGAGCCAGGCCAGCCUAGAGGCCCUGCAAAAAGAGAUGGGUGUACCCAUGGAUCGUGGUGACCGCAGGCACAGUGUGAAGGAGGAGGAUGAAGUGGAGGAGGACUUAAAUGUAUCUUAAAUAAGUCUCACUGAUGAUUUUUAUUUUGCUAAACAAUAUGAUAUAUUUUGAUAGAUUUGGAUUCUUUAUUAAUGUGUGUGAAAAAUCUGCAUUUUUAAGCGCAUGAAUAUGCAAGAGUCUGCACUUUCUCAAACUGGGAACGACUGUGCAGUUUGUUCAACAUGAGAUGUGUCACAGUUACCAACAGAAGUCACACUGGUAAAAUUGGUUGCAAUCGAAGGCACUUGAUUAUCACACAGUGGACGAGGACUGUGGAACGAAGACAGUAGAGACGGGGGAGAGAAGGCUACACCAAGACCACAUGAGGUUAUUUAAAAUCUUCCACACUCAUUAAGACAGUUGAGCUGAGAAGAUGUCUCCUACCUCAAAAAACAAUAUUCUGACCUGCAAGACAUUAAAGUGCAAAUUUCCAGUGUGACUGAGGACCAAGUGAAGGAAUCAACAAUGGAGGCUCUUAUUUUACAGCUUUGAUAUGUUAAUGUUCAUGUUCGCAUAUAUUUAAACAAUUUUUCAAUCUAAUGAGGAGUGCAUUCAGAGAUACACUAGAUCUAUGAUCUGCAAAAGAGUAUAAAAAGUUUAAUUAUUUAAUGCAGCUCUUCUAUUCUACCUUCAAUCCUGGAUUAAUUUUACAGCUGUUUUUUGUGCAGAAUGGUACAUAUUGAUGAAUACAGAUUAUUGCCUUUGAGCUGAAUUUUAUAUCUAGGUUUGGCUCUGAAUUUGCUGUUUGUCAUAGGUGUAUCCCCAGAUCUGAUUAUGUGUUUUACAUGCAUUUGGUACAAUGUAUUUUUUUAUAUUCAAUUGAUGUGGUAAAUGUAUUUAUCAUCUCAGUGUCAAAAGUUAUAUCUCUGUAAAGCAUUUUCCAGCUAUUUUUGAUAACGUGUGAGUCAAUUUCUACUUAGCACAUGAUAUUGUGAAUGAAUGUGUUUUACAUUACAAUGCAUUGUUCCUAUACAUUGUAAAGUUACUAUAAUAAAACAUUUUUUAAAUUAAA